GCAUGUAUUUGUUUUAUUGUGGUGUUUAUUUGUGAUUGUGACCCGUGCAUUCGUAUGACGAAAUUGUACCUUGUUCCGUGACUAGUGAUAUGACGCCAUUUUCUUCGUGAAUGCCAAUUACUAAAUUCUUCAAUAUUUUCUUUGUUUCUGCCUCGUGAAGAGACUGCAGCUAUAAACGAUAUUGAUCUAGAACUUUAGUUCUAUGUUUUGCCCAAGACUUUUAUGUGCACGGGAUCCUCUGAAACUAAAAGUGCACUUGUUCAUUAGAGUAGUAAACAAAUGGAGUGAUAAUGUGCAAGAGGAAGGCGCUAAAGGCAUCACAGACAUUGCAACAGCCAUCAAUCGGAUACACAUUGAAUGAACCUUCAUCAGCGAUUGUCCAAUGAAAGACAUAUUUCCUCCCAGCGGACCUUACAAAUUCGGUGGUGUAACCAUUCAUUGUGAUGCCGGUGGAUGCUGACCUCAACCGCACAGACGUGGUGUCGCCUGGUUGUGAGCUGAAGGGCCUGCGCACUUGGAAAGACAUUUGUUUGGUACGAAAUUCACUUCAACAUCAGGGCCCACUGCGAUCCUGACAUAGACGGAAUAAUCACAACUCAUCGGCAAGGAAAGCCACUAGCCGCGGACAUAGCAAGCCAGAGAUAAUCAAAUCUAAAUUGAAACGUUACUAAGUGCAGCAUACUUGCAGUUACUAUUGUAGAACAUUGUGUUACGACAAACAAGUGCAAUAUACAAUUAGUGCAAUCGUACUUUUGACUACAAACUCGAGUGAAGUGACUUUGUUGUAUUAAAAGUGAAAUUAUAUAGUGGAACAAUGGAGCGUGAAUCGAAUCCGAUGGAGACGUUGUGCCGCUCGGGGUGCGGAUUCUACGGAAACCCCUCAACAGACGGACUCUGCUCAGUGUGCUUUAAGGAGGCUCUAAAGAAGAAGCAACAGCCGCCGGCGUCGUCACCGUCGCCUGUGUCGGCGCCCUUCGUGGCAGCGCCGUCGACGCCGCUGGCCGCGGCCGCGCCCACCGUGCCCAGCCUCCCAGCCCAGCCACAGACCCACACAGACAAAUUGGAAGAGGAGAGCGGAGCCGGCACAAGCGGGGCGAGCACUGGCACGUCGGACACCGAUGCGGACGACAAGGAUCCCAGCAAGGACAAAAAGAAAAAGAAUAGAUGCGCCGUUUGCCGCAAGAAGGUUGGCCUCACAGAUGUGUAUGGUGGUGUUGGCUCAGGGUUCGAGUGCCGCUGCGGAGGGCUGUUCUGCGCGGUGCACCGGUACAGCGACAAGCACGAGUGCUCGUUCGACUACCGGGAGCUGGGCGCGCAGGAGAUCCGCCGCAACAACCCCGUCGUGGUGUCGCAGAAGAUACACAAGAUAUGAGCCUGUCCGCCUGUCCGCCUGUCCGCCGGGCCGCCUGGCGCGACACCACCCUCACCGCACCGCAUUACAUACGUUUUAUGAUUUUCUCUAAAUAAAUAUUCGAUCGAGUUUGUGUUUCUUAUUUGAAUUUUGUAUGUAUUUUCGAGCGCAGGCCGGCCGCGCCGCGCCGUCGCUCGUUCGGGUUUCCGUUUCUUUUCUAUUUUCUGUCUGACGAGCGCUCGUUUGGCUCGCGACUGACAACUAUUCGGACGACGCGACCGCGUAGGAAACACAGACUCGAUCUUCUGUAUUUAGAUUUAUUUGUGGCGAGAGUUUACUUUUAAAUUUUUAUUAAAAGUUGUAGAUAAUGUUCGUUUCGGGUAGGAAUUCAGGAUUAAUUUUUGAGAUAAUAAGUAGAGUUUGAAUAUUGUCCGUUCACCUCCAUUGUAAAUAUUAGAUAUAAUUAAUUAUAGAAACAAAUCCUAUAUAUUGUAAAAAAUUAAAACUCCCAAAAAAAGCUACAUUGUUAUGAUUCCAACGGAGAGCGUAGCGCGCUUGACUAUAUCGACGUAACAAUGGUAUGCUGGAGCUGGACGCCGGACAGCGGCCGGACAGCGGCUCUCCGUCGAUCGCCUAGUUGUACAUUGUAAAGGAGUUCGCUGCCGCCGAUUGACUCGUGUUUGUGACAAACAUUCGAUACGUGAUAUGAGUAGUGGAGCUCCGCGAAGCCGCAUCUGUGCUAGACAAGGAUUAGUUCGCGACUGCGCACCGCGGCGACCGCACAUCUCGGACUGUGAAUUAACAUCAUCUUCAAAUUGUUAGUAAUGUUAUUUUGGUUUGGGAAGUCGUCGCUUUCUUAUUUGUCUUAACAUUCGGCAUAAGUGACCUAGUGUAGCGAGAUUGUGGUGUGUAUCGGCUAAGGUGAGCGCGGCGGCUGCGGGCGUGCGGUCGGUCGGACACUCGGUAGGACAGUCGGUACGGACGGUACAGUACAGUGACAGUGAAGUCGCGAGCUCGCCUGCCGCGGCCGCACGAGCCGCCCCCACGCCGCUCCGCUCUUUGUGUGAAAAUUUAAAGUAAGCAUAUGGAUAGUUAUAAAUAUUAUAAGUAGUCGACACUUUAUAUUAUUACACAUAUAAGUAGAAAAAGAAUUAUUUAGCUUUUUUCUUUUAAUCACAAUAUUAUUCAAAAUUGUAAGUUGUAUUAUGUAACUUGUUCAUUUUAGUGGUGAAGUUGAACCAAUAAUAACUAUGUAUCGCUUCGGUCGUUGUCCACGGUAGACUAACUGAUUGGUUGGACUUAAUUAUUUAAUGACUUUUGUUGUAUAUUUUGUUAGGUCAUUGAUUAAUUUUGGUCUUUUCGCUUGAACAUAAUCAGAUAAAGAUGAUGUUAAUGAAUGAUUUUCCUUCUAUCUUGCUGUUUUAAUUUAGUUAUUCUCUUAUUAAAGUCAUUAAAUUUUCAGGAACAUAAA